CGCAGCGCUGGCAUACCAAAUUCAGAGUCACUGUCACAAGAACGUUUCUUCGAGGAUGAUUCACACAUUCCAGUGUCAGUUUUAAGUUUCUUGAUUGGAUAUCGAGCUUCAAGGGAAGCUUCGACGGGAUGCCGCGCCACAAUGCACCAAGCAAAGCUGCCCCUGCAGAACAAAGGAAGCAGGCGCAACUUGACGAAGAGCACGCCGAAGCUGAACAUCAUGGGGCUCUGACUGAAUCUGACCACGCAACUCCUGGCAUAAACUCGACUCCAGCGGCACCAACGACGAGCGCCAUGGGUGAAGACGCCUCCAGACCUGGCAUACGUGGUAGACUUUAUGGACUUCUUUUCUCUAGGAAAGCUACUUUGGAAGAACCACAAGAUGUGCAGCUGGUCGAGGAAGGAGUGGAAGUUGAAGGGAAUGAAUCGCCAAUUCGUGAAGGGGAAGCGUUCCCUGCCCCAUCCACACCGAGAGCACAGCCCGCAACGGCGGAGUCGCCUAUACCCAAGUCUCCAAGUCGAGUCUCUGGUUCUCUUGCAAAACCUGCAAAGCGAAAACGCACCUCCAAUUCCGAACGGCAAGACCUCUAUGAGGUACCGGCAGAAGCUACACCAGACAGCUCUGAGCAGGAAGAAGCUCCUGCAAAUAGGCCUGCCAAACGUGCCCGAGGAAAUGGCAGAGCAAAACCUCCUCUUAAAAUCCCAAAGACAAGCAGAGGUCACAUAUCUUCACAUCAAAUCCGUCAGACAAGGGGAAACCGUGCGGCAGAGGGAGAGGACGUGGAGAUGACGGCUGAUGUGCCUGCAUCUAGUCCAGUCAAAGGAGUCAGAGCCGCAAAUUUCAUUGAAACUGAGCAGCCAAAGUCAAAGAAGCGCGGCCGACCACCAAAGAAUAAGAAUCCUCCAUCGGAGAUGGCCCAGCAGGCUGCUUUUCGCAACCCAAAAAGAAUAGCAUUCCUCGAUCGUGCCAUUCCAAAAAGUGUGGCGACAGCGAAUCAUCCAGAUGUUAACCUUCAAGACCCAAGAGACGCCGAUGAAGGGAUUUCUGAUAUACUCCUCAAUCCCAGUCCCAUCAAAGUGGGUGCGCAAGAGUUAAGACCGACAGUAGGGAUCGCCCAGCAAAAACGACCUCCCAAGCCCAAACACCAUCUUCCGGCUACGAACGGGAUGCCAGAGCUCUCUGCUGAUGAAGAGGAGUUAUUCGUCAGCAAUGGUAACCCGGAAGAAAGGGCAGAGGUUCCGAAUGAGUUGGAGGAUGAAGAGGAGCAAGAGGCGGGUAAUCAAGAUUCGGAUGAGCCCCAUCGGAUUCCCUUCGAUCCGAAACUUAUUGACAGAUUGUGGGAAACUUCCAAACAUGUCGGCAAGAAAUUCGAUAUGAAGGAGAAGACCUGGCCGCGAAAAGGGAGGACGGAAAAGCUCUGGACUGGCCCAGGAAAGAGGAUGGCCAGACAGCUUCAGACAAUAAUAUCCGGCUACGAAAAUCUAGAACAAUUGAAAUCAUCUCGGAAUAAGCGUGCGUUUCGCGAUGCACACGAAGAAGUCGAGAACGUGUUCAACAUUCUCAGCAAAGAGGCGGCGAUUGUUCUGGCCGAGAGAUUUGCCCCAGACUCCGAUGCCAAGAAGGAAGAGGCAAUGCUAACAGAUCUAUAUUUCAACAUUAUACCAAAAUGCAUUCAUGCAUUAAAAAACGUUGUCGCAGUCUACAACAUUCAAGGAACAAUGACGGCGGCUGCUUUGGAAGAGACUCUCAAAUUAGUCGAUUUGCUUUAUGACCUCCAUCUCAUACCAAAUAUCUCAACCCACUCGGUAUAACUUACCCGAAAUCCGCAAUCUGCAAAAGAUGAUAUCAGCCGAGCUGAGCUUUCGAGAGCGUGAGAAAGAACGAGCCAAAGAAGAGCUUCUGCGACCUGAGCGUGAGAGGCAGCUUCUAGAGGAGCAAGAGCGGGAGGAUGCCGAGAUACUUCGAA